AUGGCUUUGCCCAAUGUUUUCGAUUUGUAUCAGACCCAGGAGGAAGAGGAGGUCCCCCUGGUUCGACGGAAAUCAGCUAGGAGGCAUAAUGGAGAAUCAAGCCAAGCACCCUUGGCCAAGAAGGGUCGAACAGAUGAUCCUUUCAAGGACGGACCUACUGGCCAACCUUCUGCCCAGCCUUCUGCUCCUGCUGAAAAGGAGACUGCCCCUGCUGCCAACCCUUCGCCUGCGGCCCGAAGAGAACAGACCCUACAAGUAGAACUUACUGGGACCAAACUCUCGAACCGCUCCCUGCGAUUAGCUAAAGAUUGCCUUGCUCAUAUCUUGAAGCAUGAACGUUGCAGAGAAGCAAUGGCUAAAGCUGAGAGCCUGGGGGUCGAUCAGAUCCUUAAUAGGGCUCUUAACGAAGUGGCCAAUACCAUGCUGACAAUAACUGCCGCUCAUACCCGUGCCACUGCUACUAUCGAGCAGGCUCGGGCAAAGGCCGUCGAGGAGUUUCAGGUGAAAGUCAUUGAGGAGCUUCAGGCUACAGAGGCCAGGCAUUCUGGGGAGUUAGAGGUGGUCACCCAGCAGAAGGAUGCUUUGGUGGCAAAGCUGGCAGAGAAUGAAGCUUCUCAGGGAGUUUCAAGCUGUGUGAAAGAGGCAGGCAUUGGAUUUAUGAUGCCUCCAAUAUAUCAUCAAACAAUGAAGGUUGUCCGCUCAGUCAGGAAAAAGCUGAAAGUAAAAACUGUAUUUAAUAUAUUGGGCCCUAUGUUAAACCCAGCAAGAGUACCAUAUGAUAUUGUGGGUGUCUAUGCAGAAGAUUUGGAAGUAUGUUAUUUAGGCUACCAAGAUGGAAUUUUAGAUGUUAUAUUGCCACUUCAAUCUGCUAACAAAUCGCUGGGGAACAAACAAUUGUGA